AUGUCUUUCAACGACAACGACAACUCCAACUACGGCGGCAACGACUCGAGCCUUGGCUCUGAGCGCCGUGGACAAGACACCUACGGCAGCGGCGGCAACGACUCCUCUUACGGAGACAGUCAGCGCACCGGCGGUAACUUUGGCGGCGACUCUCUGUCUUCCAACCGCCGGGAUGACAGCGGCCUCGGUGCUUCGACCGGAUCCGACUCGUACGGCUCGGGCGGUGACACCCUAGGCAGCUCCGGGCGCACGGGCGGCCUGGAUGACAACCUGGGCUCGUCUGGCCGCAACACCGACAGCGGGUUUGGCUCAUCCCGCCGGGAUGAUGACAACCUCGGGAGCUCUGGCCGCACUGGCGGCAUCGGGUCGGACUCCUAUGGCUCGGGCGGAGACUCUCUUGGCAGCUCGGGACGCACCGGUGGUAUCGGUUCGGACUCGUACGGCUCGGGCGGAGAUAACCUCGGCAGCUCUGGCCGGACUGGUGGCGUCGGGUCUGACAACUAUGGGUCCAGCGGCAACGUCGACAGUGGCUUUGGCUCCACCCGCCGCGACGACGACAACCUGGGCAGCUCGGGACGUACUGGUGGCAUUGGCUCCGACUCCUACGGCUCAGGCGGGGAUAACCUCGGCAGCUCGGGACGGACUGGCGGUAUUGGCUCCGAUUCCUACGGCUCAGGCGGGGACAACCUGGGCAGCUCAGGCCGCACCGGUGGCGGCCUUGACUCGUCCGACAACUACGGCUCCUCUGGCCGCAACACCGAUAGCGGGUUCGGAGGCGGCUCUGACAAUACCACGGGGCUCGGCUCCAGUGGCGCGGGCUCCGACUCGUACGGCACCAGCGGGACGUCGCACGGUCGCGACAACGACGAGUAUGGCAGCAGCGGCAAGACUGGCAGCGGCAAGAAUGAUUCUACGUUCGGCAAGAUCCUCGAGAAGGCUGGCGAUGUGCUGAAGAAUGAGAAGCUUGAGCAGAAGGGCCGUGAGAAGAGGGAGGGUGCUGGUCUUGGUUCGUCCAAUGAUUACUAG